AUGGCGAAUAACUCGUUCCGAGACUCUGUCAACUCACUAGGGUGGUCGCGUAGGGAUCCGGAUCUCCCCGUCAACACCGGCACAUCAUCGAACAUCCCAUUCUUAUCCCGUCUACAGUCUUAUAACCCAUUCGGUGAAGGCGGUUAUGUCCAACUGCCUACUCACAAUGAAGGUCCUGGGGCUCCAUUGCCGGCAGCCACUCGGCGGGAAGAAGAAGAGGGCUUCUUUGCCUUGAGUCGCUGGGACCGCAUGCUCAUAUUUGGCGCAUGUAACUUGGGCGCCGCUAUCUGUUUCAUGAUCUGUUUCUUCUUGUUUCCUGUUUUGUCGCUCAAGCCCCGCAAAUUCGCAGUCUUAUGGUCCGUCGGCUCGGUCUUAUUUUUGCUAUCAUGGGCUGUUCUCAUGGGACCGUGGACUUACGCUAAACAUUUGGUGUCCGGAACACGGUUGCCAUUCACAGCGGCCUAUUUCGGAGCGAUCGCUCUCACGCUAUACUUCGCCAUCGGGGUACGUAAGAUGGAUUUGUUUGUUUUUCUUUGUGUUUCGUUUUUGCUUUCGGAUUUUAAUCUUGUGUGUGGUCUUUGCGCGUCGUCCCAUUGCACUCCGACGAUCCCUCCCCUCUUCAUGACGCUCCUCUCUGAAAUUCCCUGGUUGUCACACACUCGCUCUCCCUCGCUCUACCCGCGUUCAUAUGGUCGCACUGCACGACCGGGGAAAGGGGUAUCUUGCAGCCUUCAAAUCCAUCGUGCAGUACAACCUGAAACCACGGCUUGUCAUGCCUGCUGUUGGCUGCAGCCAAUUUGA